AGUAGAAAGUUUAAACCUGUGUUUUUGUGUGUCUCUCUCGUUGUUUAAUGGAAUAAUUCGGUUUCUUCACUGUCUAUCGCCUCUGUCGCAAUGUCUUCUAUUCGAUUUAUUUAAUUUUUCAUUGAAAAUACACAAAUAAUUUUCUCAGAACACCUGUCAUUCAGUCAGUUUGGCCUGUGGAAUCAUGGCAUUCAUCCAAUGUCAAAAACUAGAUAACUAGAUAAAACUAGAUAACAUCUUGAACAUGUUUUUCUAUCGGUCCAUUUCAUUUUAUUUUUCAGACCUUAUUGAGAUUUGGUGGGCAGUUAGAUCAAGGUGAUAAGAAAUUAAUCCAGGCAUGGAAAAAUUUGUUGAGGUUAACAUAAAAUGCGAAACAGAAGACCCUGAUGACCCUGAAAUAGGUGAUGAUUCUGACGAAGAUGGUGAAGAUGAAAUCAGAAGCGAUGACCAAGUUAUUGACACCAUCUGUGAAGCUGUCUCAUAUGAGAAGACAAAUUCUGCAUCUGACGAAUUUCAAUGUGAACAUUGCAAAAAGGUGUUCCCUCGCCUUCAUGCACUAAAGUGUCAUGUACAUGAGAUUCAUGGAGAAAAUCCUUUCCAGUGCCUGUUGUGUUCAGAACAAUGUCCAACCAGAAAGACUUUGACAGCACACAAAAGAACACAUCAGAUUGAUGGAAUGUUUCAGUGUGGAGAAUGUGGCUACAGGCAGGAGAAGUAUAUAAACUUUCUUCGCCAUUUAAAAUUUCAUUCUGGCACAAAGGAGUUCACGUGCGAAUACUGUGGAAAAUCCUUUGCAACUUCGUCUGUAUUAAACCGGCAUCGGCGCACGCAUACUGGUGAGAAGCCUUAUUGUUGCACUGUAUGUGAUGAGCGUUUCUCUACACUCUAUGCACUAAAAGUGCAUUUAGGGAAGCACACUGGAAAACCCUAUUCAUGUGAAGAAGAGGACUGUGGUAAAUCUUUCCUAUCAAAAUCUGCUCUGAACAAUCAUCUCAGGUCACAUCUCACUGAGCGACCUUACAAGUGUGUGGCAUGUGGGUUAGGCUUUUACAUGAGUUCCCACUACAAGGACCACAUAAGAAAACACACUGGAGAUCGACCGUUCGUGUGUGCUGUUUGCAAAAAAACGUAUGCUCGGAAGAGUGAAUUAGUCAAUCACAGCAGAACGCACACAGGUGAGAAACCUUUCGAAUGUUCACAAUGCGGCAAAGCCUUUGCUGUCAAGAGUGUGUUAAAACAUCACUUAACAACACAUUCAAAAGUGAGUGAGACCUUUGAAUGUGGAGAGUGUUUUCGGCAGUUCAAGAAUAAAGGAGGACUACGGAGGCAUGAGCGAUGUGCCCAUGGACCCGGUAAUAGCCAAACAAGUGAUGAACAAGAAAGCAAAUAAUUAAGGAUAUGUACAGUACCUAGAGGUCUUUACUUUUCAGAUGUUUUCUAUUUUAGGUUUUGUUUUUCUUGUGUAGUUUUUACACACUCAUUAAUAAAAACUACAGAAUGUAAAACAAACUUAAAAAAUGCUGCCUGAUUUAAAACAGGUUUUGUAAGUUUUAUUUUUGAGUUCUUUAUCAGGUUGUUAAACUUCAUUGUAAUGCACAAAUUUAUAUUUUGUUUUUGUUUUUUUAUUAUUAUUUGCAUGUACUCUUCAAUAUCUGUAUUGAGUUUGCGUUAAAAAGCACUUGUUUUAUUUCUACUUGUAUUGAUUUAUACACAUGUUUGAAAUUUGAUGUGCAAUCAAAUAAAAUUGUGAUACUGUUGCAA